AUGCCUCCCCCGGAAAAACCCUCUACAGUGAAGACUAGAUCAAUGAGUGACAGUGACAUUUUGAAUUCAUUAAGUAGUCAACUGGAAAACCUUGUUAAGGAAAUGCGUGAGUUUCGUGAGGAAUCAAAGAAGGAAAUGCGUGAAUUUCGUGAGGAAUCAAAAGCCAUGGGAAAGUCGAUCGAAUCUACACAUGACAAGAUAGACGAAGUAAAGGUUUUAAUUAACGCUCAACGAGAAGAUAUUGACAAGUGCCUCGACGUGAUCGAUGUUCUCAAGGUGGAGAAUUCGCAGCUACAACGUGAGCUAGAGCAAGUUAAGAAGGAGCUCUGCGAUGUGCAACAAUAUUCGCGUAGAAACACGGUUGACAUACAAGGUGUGCCCGAGAAUAAAUCCGAGAAUGUGUUUGAAGUUGUAAAGGCGGUGGCAAAAGUUCUGCGGUUCGACCUCAAGCCAGAAAUAAUUGAUGCGUUGCACAGACCUGCGGGCGGUAGCGGCGCGUCGAGACCACGGGGCAUCAUUCUCAAGUUUGUUUGUCGCGGGGACUGUGAUGAACUGUUGCGGCUUGCGAAAGUCAAGCGUGGGUUUCCAGCAUCAGAACUCGACUUCUCAUCCGAAAACAAAGUAUUCGUGAACCCGUCACUUUCGAAGGCUUUCAGGGAACUACUCUACCACGCCAAGUGUACAGCGCGGGAGGGCCGAGUGAGGUUCGCCUGGUACAGUAACGGGAAGGUGUUGGUCCACAAGAGAGACGGUCAGCCGGCGAUCCAUAUAACUUCUAAGCAUCAACUGCAGGAUCUGCAACGUGGUGGGGGCUUCCUAAAAGCAGUAAUCUUCAUAAUUUAUUACGUGGUAUUUGUGUAA